AUGUCUGCUGCACGCUUUGUUCCCGCGGUGAGGGCUCGCAUGACCACCAUGGCCCCAACCUCCAUCACCAUGCGCUCCAUCUCCUCCACUGUCAGACUGGAGAAGGGACCAGUCGACGCGGCCAAGGAUACCCUCAAGCAGGCCGAUCGCGUCGUCUCCGAUGCCGCUAUCAAGGGCAUCGAUCUCGGAAAGGAGGCCUCGCAGAAAGUGAAGGAGACCGUGGGCACCUCGAGUGCCGAGGCAGAGGCCAAGGCCAAGGAGGUCAAGGGAGAGGCUGAGGAGAAAAUGGGCCAGGCAAAGGGCUCCGCCGAGGAGCUUGCUGGCAAGGCCAAGGGCAAGGCUGCCGAGUUGGAGGGUCAGGCCAAGCAGGCGAAGCGUGAGCACCUGGGCUAA